AGUCUUCUUUCUCUUCUUUUAAAGAAUCGAAAGAAUCAAUGAGAUUUGCUGUUAAAAAUGUGCCUUUUAAUUACCUACUUCUUUUCUCGUGUAUUUUUAAGAUUUUCAAUCAAACAAGGAAAUUCAUUAACAAUAAUAUUUUGAAAGUGUGCGUGUACUAUUUUUCUUUACUAUACUACUCUACGACGUACGCUCAUUCAUUCAUUAAAUAUAGGCGUGGACGGCCAAUCAUAUCUCUCGUUACAUUUCCUUGUAAUAGUGACAUUAUUAUUGGUUCAAUUCAAAUAGGACAGUGACCUAAAUAUUUGACAUUUCCGCCGCCGCGCCCUCUUGAAAACUUCCCCUCUUUGUAAGAGUCGAGAACUGUCAUCUGUCAAAAUUUCAAAACAACCCUGAUAACAUAACCUAUAAAAAAUAGUCUCACAGACUUUUGUUUACAAAGUUUACAACGACGUUUGUCAAUAAAAUAACAAUAAAACAUACAGUGCCUUCUUCAUUUUAUACGUAACAAGAAUGUGAUUCACAAGUGCAUUACUCAUUUAUACGUCGAAAUUGAUGUAUCUGGAGUGACUAAUGAGUAUUUAAUAAGUGUUAUACUCGAGAAAGCUUCAUAAAUUGCUUAUAAUAUCAGUUUUAUGUGAUGAUAAGGACAAGGAACUUUUAGCACAUUUUUUUUUAUUUCCACUUGUUCGAAACGCAAAACUCGCAGUGAAACGUGUACAAGCUUUUUUAAAGUUGGCCCUGAUUACGUGUUGCAGCGGCGUGUGUAACUUUUACUUGUUUGACUUUUAUACAACAAAAUGCCUUUCCCUUUCGUUCGAAGGUGGUUCUUGGACUUUCAAUAAGUGCGAGUGAGUAUACAGUAUACAGUAUACUUGUGGAUGACUCGCGGCGAGGAGAUAGCUCAGCGGUGUUGUGACCGCACCGCGGCAGCAAGAUGGCUGCUCGUCAGGAACACGCCUUGACGGGGCACAUUGUUUUUUCUCUUUAUUUCAUGGUGACGACGAUUGUUUACGCACAACAGGACACUUAUCAACAAUAUCAAUUUCCCCGUUAUCGUGAUCCCCAAAGCGGUGGAUAUUAUAAUCGUGAGGGCGUCUAUGUUCCAUCGAAAAAUAUUCCCGAUUAUCAAACCUACAUUUAUAAGGACAGACGAUAUCCAAUUCAACCUGAUUUUCAAAAUCCUUAUUAUCAGGGAAAUCAACGUCUACCUGAAGAUCGUUAUAAAGCUGGAGACACUACGCCACGAUUUCCAUUGCCGGGCGUUUUGGCAGGUUGGAGAUCGGAUCUUCAGGGAAAGGAAAGAUCUGAUUCGAAGAAUUUAGAUCGUGAUAUAUUUGUUCAAACGAAUUAUGGACAAAUUCAAGGAUUCAAAACUUAUCUGUACGACACACCUGAAUCAAGACAUAGACCAUGGAGUCAAACUGUUGAAAGAGUCACUCGUGAUGUUAAUGUUUUCCUUGGUAUACCCUAUGCAUUGCCUCCAACUGGCGAGGGAAGAUUUAAACCCCCGAGACCUCAUCGAGGAUGGCAACUUUUACAAGCCGUUGAUUGGGGACCAGCGUGCCCUCAACCUGAGGAAUAUACGGGAAUUUCGAAUGGUAUUCGAGCAGUCGAUGAAGACUGUUUGUACCUCAACAUUUAUAGUCCUAAUAUUGGCUCCGGUUUAGCAAGAAAGUACCCGGUAAUGUUUUAUAUUCAUGGCGGGGAAUUUGUUCAUGGAGCUAGCAAUUCGUUUCCAGGUCACAUGUUGGCUGCUUUUUAUGACGUUGUCGUCGUUACGAUAAAUUAUCGACUCGGUGUUUUAGGAUUUCUCUGUACGGGAGAUGAAAACAGUCCCGGAAAUUAUGGAAUUUUCGAUCAGGCAAUGGCGUUGAGAUGGGUUUAUGAAAAUAUUGUCAAUUUUAAUGGUGAUCCGAAGGCAAUAACACUUUUUGGUCCAGGGGCAGGCGCUGCAAGCGCUGGAAUUCUUAUGGCGGCACCUCGAACGCAGUAUAUGGUUUCAAAAGUAAUUGCUCAGUCGGGUUCAGCAUUAUCGGAUUGGGCAGUGAUAAUGGACAAAUAUAGAGCGCAAAAUACAUCGAGAGUUUUCGCACAGCAUGUUGGCUGUGGAAUUGAAAGCAGCUGGAAACUUGUUCAAUGUUUAAAAGAUAGUCGUGGAUUUCUCGAUUUUGGAAAAGCAAAUAUAAAACCCCAGGUGGGAAUGUUUCCCUGGGCUCCCGUUUUAGAUACAAAUUUCACUGUGCCUGGUGACAGUUGGUAUGAAAAUUGGCGAGCAGCCGAUUGGCAUUUCUUUAUCGAAACUCCCGAGGACAGUAUUAAAGCUCAUAGAUUUAGACACGAUAUCGCUUACAUGGCCGGCGUCACAACGCAAGAAGCUUCUUACAUUGUUUCUAAAAAUAUUACAUUGUCAAGAAAUCAGUUCACCAUAACGCCAGAAAUGUUUGAUCAAAAAAUAUGGGAACUCGUUCUGCAAUAUAAUUACACGUUAAAUCCACAGGGUGUUUAUGAAGCGAUUAAAUAUAUGUACACGUACUGGCCUGACCCGAAAAAUAUCACACACAUUAGAGACCAGUAUAUUAACCUAUUGUCAGACUUCCUUUAUGUUGCACCAAAUGAUAAAAUUGCAAAAUUACUGGUGGAGCAAAAUGUUCCCGUAUAUUUAUACGUUUUGAAUACAACAAUUGAAGCUUUGAAAUUAGAACACUGGCAGCGUGUUCCCCAUGAUAUUGAAUAUUUACUGUUAACCGGUGCCCCCUUCAUGGAUACUGAAUUAUUUCCCAGUUCUUUGAAAUUAAAGAAAGAGAUGUGGACAGACAAUGAUCGGAAUAUGAGUUACUUUUUCAUGAAAGCUUACGCCAACUUUGCACAUUAUGGAAAUCCGACGCCUUCGCAAAUUCUUGGACUUCAUUUCGACGAAGCGAAACAAGGCUGGCUGCGUUAUUUGAAUAUCAAUACAACCUAUAAUAGUUCCAUUCUUUUUAAUUAUCGACAAACUGAAAGUGCAUUUUGGUCCAUGUACUUACCAACAGUAAUUGGACGAUUGGCCCCAAUUUAUCCUCCCGUAACAGAGUACUGGUGGGAACCGAAGCAACCACUGCAAAUCGCAUUUUGGUCAAUGUCAACGGCCUGUUUGGUGUUGAUUGUCAUAUCGGUGGUCUGUUGUAUGCUGUGGCGAAACUCCAAGAGAAAGUGCGAUCACUACUAUAGCGGAGACAUCUUGAUGGUACGAGACGAAGAGCCUUCGGAGGGAAUCGAAAAUAUGACGACGAGGGCUUCUAAAGAAAAUGUUUAUGAAUAUCGUGAUACACCGCCGGUAAGACCACGACUUCCAAGGCAAACUGAUAGUAAACUUCAAGAGAGAUUGGCUCAAAAUCGAAAAUUUAGCUCAACACCAUCGUUGAGAAGUAAUUCAAAUAUAUCAUUAAAAGAUAUGCGCUCCGAGGGUUUUGUUACGAGUUCGCCCAAUGGUCAAUCGAAAAUUGGAAAGGCCAAUAGUCAAACAACAUUGGCUACUAAAAUUAAAAGCAAAACUUUGCUUGUUCAAGGUGUGCCUCAAACUGCCGUUUGAUUACUUUUUUCCGCAGAGGAAAAAAGAAACUUAGAACUUUUUUUUUUUACUUUUAAAUUUAAUUUCAUUCCAGUGGCGAAUUUUUUUUAGUCUGAAAUAAUGCAUUUUGUGAUUCUAAAUUUCACUUGAACGAGUAUUUUCGUUUUAGUUUGUUUUUUAUGUACUUCUUUUUUUACUUCAAACUAAUUUUACUUGUGUUUGUCUAUUU